AUGCGCUUCGAGGGCGCGGAGCGGCGCGACGCCGUCGCGUUCCACCCGCUGCUGGCGCCGCGGCCGAGCGACUUCUCGGUGUCGGCGCUGCUGACGGCGGGCGCGCUGCCGCCGCCGCCGUACCUGCCAGCCGCGCUAGCCGCCGCCGCCGCGCUGUCCGCGCCUUGUCCGCUGCUCAAGCCGCCGCCACCGCCGUACGCGCCGCUGCCGCCCGACGACGACGGUGUCGUCGACGAUCCCAAGGUCACCCUCGAAGGCAAGGACCUCUGGGAGAAGUUCCACAAGCUGGGCACCGAGAUGGUGAUCACCAAAAGUGGCAGACAAAUGUUCCCACAAAUGAAGUUCCGCGUCUCCGGUUUGGACGCAAAGGCCAAAUACAUCCUGCUGCUGGACAUCGUCGCAGCAGACGACUACCGCUAUAAGUUUCACAACAGCCGAUGGAUGGUUGCCGGAAAAGCGGAUCCGGAAAUGCCGAAAAGGAUGUAUAUACACCCGGACUCACCUUCAACGGGGGAGCAAUGGAUGCAGAAAGUGGUCUCCUUCCACAAACUAAAACUGACGAACAACAUCAGCGACAAACACGGAUUCGAGCUCAUCUAUAGCCAAAGUCAACGGAUGUUGUCAAAGUUGCUGUGGCCCAACCCAGCCCCUAGUGCACCCAGAGAUCCCCACUCUGAUCAUUUGUGUGUUACGCAGACGAUCCUCAACUCGAUGCACAAGUACCAGCCGAGGUUUCACCUGGUGAGAGCCAACGACAUCCUCAAGCUGCCCUACUCCACGUUCAGAACGUAUGUCUUCAAGGAGACGGAAUUCAUCGCUGUGACUGCGUAUCAGAACGAAAAGAUUACACAAUUGAAGAUUGAUAACAAUCCUUUCGCAAAAGGCUUCAGAGACACUGGAGCUGGCAAACGGGAGAAAAAUUUGUCGGUGUACCGCAGGCAGGCGUUGCUGACGGCGCGUUCGGACCCUCGGGAUGAUGAUGACGAACGACCUCUGGACGUGGGCGGACCUUCCAGCCCGCCUCCGCCAACUUCGUCCACGCAACAUACCAGUAGCUCAUGGUUUAGUUCAAGUGGUGGUGGCGGCGCAGACUCCGGUCCUGAAGAAGGCAUCGAAGCGGGCUCCGACUCGUCGUGCUCAGGUGGCGCCCGAGCCUCCUCCCCUCCCGCGGGCCCAUCCCGCCCGUCCCCCGCACCUGACGUGUCGCUCGGACCUCCGGUACAGCCGCCGUUACUCCCGUACCUCUAUCCACCGUCGCUGUACCCGCCGCCGUUCUUCCCCCCGCACCAGAUGCCGCCAGGUUUGCUGUUCAAUCUGCAUCCUUUACUGCAGCAGUACUCGCUACCGCCGCCCCCCGCGCCCCCAGCCCCUGCACCGGCGCCGUCGCUCACUAAAGCGCACAGGUUCGCCCCGUAUGCUUUGCCAGGGCUGGGCUCAGCAUUCGAGCAGGUGGCGCCACGCGCGCGAAGUCUAAGCUCGUCACCAGCGCGGCCCCGAGCGGGUUCACCGCCCACACGAGCUGCCUCCGCAGACCCCCCGCCCGAUGCGCCAACCUCUACCACGUCCUCGACCCCGCCAGCAUCUGACCUCAAAAGCAUCGAGCGAAUGGUCAACGGGCUCGACGUCGAAACCCAGGACUGACUCGUGACGUAGCCUUGUACAUAGCGUGUAUUUAUAUCGUAGCCUCCCGCUUCAAACCAAAAAGUCAUCGGGGAAUCGCGGAAGCGACGGGGCAUUGUUUUGUAUCGUUCCUAUUUUGUUUUCCUUUCGAGUUCUAUUCGGGUCGAUAUUCGUAUACUGUUUGUAAAUAGUUAAGCUUUAUGAUAGGUACAGUCAGGCGCGACAGAGGUGUCACACGGUGGCAGUUUGCUCGCAGGCUCAUUUAGUCACUCACAGCACUCAUUGGGUGUUUAUACGCAGAGGAUUACAUGUUCAGAGUGAAAUCUUUUCAGUUAGACUUCAUUAUAUAAUGUUGUUACCGUCAUAUAGAGUAUAGGAUAACAAUGAACAAUACUGUCGAUAUGACUCUUUUUAUUUAUGGAGUGGUAAAAUUUUAUUUCAUAAUUGUAAAUCAUUAUUUGUUUGACUAAUACCACUUUUUACAUUCAAAAUAAAAGCUUACACUCUGUAAUGUAUGUAGUCCUCAGUGAUUUAACUAUUAGACGAACAUUUACGAUAACCAUACAUAUAGACACUCUCUUUCUACAUAUAGAAAAUUCUCUUUGUUUUGCCAGCAUCUAUAGGAAAGAUAAGUAAGUGUUCAACGUAUUCAUAUUAAGAUAUACACAAAGUAGUAUAGCUGAUUUCAAAUUAAAAAAUAUAUAUUAGGUUCAAUCAUGAUAGUAGUAGCAUGAUCGAACCUAAUAUAUAACUCGUUUUCUUAUUCCACAACUAUUUACGUAAUCUAAUAUCUACUUCCUCUCCGAAGUUAAAUUUGUUUGUACGUCCCUAAGUGUUUAUAUUAUAGUUAUCGUAAAAUCGCAACAGUUAGUAGCAAGAUUCCUAAACAUACUUGGCCUUUACAAUGUAAUCAAAACCAAAUUUCAAUAUUAAUUUAAAAUUUAUAUUAUAUAAUUGGCCAACAAAACCUAUAUUUUUAUUUGUUCAAAAUUUGUUACUAGUAAGUUGAUUGUUGAUAGUUUAAAAUUAUAAUAAUAAGCAUCACAGAAAAUAUUAAAUGCUUCAAAUAUUUGAACUAUUGUAAAUUGUAAAAUAUUAACCUACUUACUGAAUUUUUAAUACUAAAGAGUAUUAUUACAUACGGGAACUAUUUUAUGAAAAGAAAUGGAAAGAUUUUAAGUAUACAUAUUUGUAGAAACAUGACCUAGUUGUCACUAGUAAGAAAUUUUAAUAAAUUGUUUGAGAUUAGAGGCGUCCUAUAUAUACUUAAGAGAUACGUAUUCACCAAGAGCAUUCUCGUAUAUCUUCACCACACUAAAAUAUGAUUACUAAACAUUUGAAUUUACAGGACUUCAAAUUUUAAGUUUAAUAUGUUAGUAAUGCAAUAGAAUUUUUGUUUAUGCUCCCGGUCAAUACGCAUCAUUAUCUAAAUAAGAAACGCCCAAUAUCAUGGCAAAGGUUAGAAAUAUGCUGCUUACUACUAUAUAUUUAUCAAAGUAAGUUCCAAGUCAGGGUCUUGCUACUUAAGUUUUGCGUGAGAUCCUACAUCGAAUAAAUACCUAUCCACGUGUAGUAUCAAACACAGUAGAUACUCAUAGAUACUCCACUGCAAUAGUAACUAAUAAAUAGUGUAACUCCAUCAUCUCUCAACAAAUAUGUUUUAGAUCUGAUUUCUUAGUAAGAAAUAAUUUUCAAAGUAUCGUUACUUACUUCCUUUAUUAAUUUUAUAUUAUAUAUUCAUUUAUAUAAUAAUACCUACCUAAUGAUUACCUCCACUGUUGAUUUAUGACAUUGUUUUAUUGUACAAUAAAAUAUUGAAUAAUAUUGUUCAAAAUAAGAUAGCCAAGCAUAAACAUGCUAAACCAUUUCAGAAAAAUAAAACGCUACCCGUGAUUUUAUUUUCAAAUAAUAUAAUAGAAAUACUUAGCUACCAAAACUGAAAUGAUAUUAGAAAAUGUUAUUUUUAUAUUUUAUAUUGUUUUCAUUUAAUUUAGUUAAGUAAAAGGAAAGGCCAAGUAAAUGGCAAGCAAUUCUUUCAGCAAUAUAGCAAUUUUCAGGGUAUAGAAAAAAAAGAAAAAGUAUAAGAGUUUAUGAUAAUAUAUCAAUUUUAUUCGUUAUACAUAAUGUUUCAUGACUAAAGAUAAAUAUUUUAUAUUUUUAAAAUAAAAUAAUAAUCACCAGCCAGUAACUAUUUCCUACCUUCAUAUAUUACCAGUACCUAUUUUCCAUACCUCUAUUCCUGUCGUUUUUUUCAUAGAUUACCUUAUGACUUAAUACUAUAUAAUUUAAUGGAUACAUUAUCGUAUGUUUUUUAUUAAAUCAAUGAUAAAAGUAUAUAUCUAUUUCGAAUUAUUCGUUGAAAGAUGUUGGAAUCGUUUCCUUUGCCUCUUAUAUAACUUUAAAGUAAUUAUAUAAUAUUGCUUUAUUUUGUAAAUACAAUUGUAAGGUAUAUUUACGUGUUUACUAAUAGACAUAUUUUGAAAAUAUGUUUUGUCAAUUGUGCUGUGAAGAUGUCAUUCGUUCAAUUGUUGUUGUCAAAUGCUAACAUGUACGUGAGAGUUUAAAUACAAAAUAUAAAAUACAAUAAAUAUAUCAAUUCUUUAAAAAAAAUAUAUAAAAAUUCAGUAAAAUUAUUCAAAUAAAUUGAAAACAACAAUUGCGCGGACGUAAAAUGAAACGAUUGAUAAAAAAUCUAACUGUAAGUUAAAAUUUGUAAUAUAUAGUUGAUAAAUUGUAGUUAAAAUACAAAAUAUAUUAAUUAUAAAUGAAUAUAAUUUUCCAUGGAAUUCAUUAAAUUUAAGCGCAUUACAUGUUUAAUUCAGAAUUCAAUGGCCGUAUACAUACGUAUGAUAUACGUAAGUCAGUUGUGACGUUUCCGUUUGUAACUUAUUUUUUUAAAUAUAUUAACAACAGUGAUUUGAUUGUCUUAAGAUGAUGUUCAUGUAGAAAUUUUCUACAGAAGAAACACUGCUUUGUGUAACAGACAAGAGACUGUAAAGUGCAACACCUGUAAUUGAGAUUUAUUCAUUAAAAUAUAUAGAUAAAUCUAUUGAAAAAAUUAA